AAAAGCUAUAUUGAGAGAGGAAACAAUUGGUCAAAAAAUAUUUAGAAAAAGAAAAGGAAAAUAUUGUUGAGUUUCCUCUCCAUUGUAUGCGGUGGUUUUAAUGUUCUAAGAGAGAGAGAGAGGCAAUCCUCUCCUCCCCCUCCCACCUACUAUCGCUUUCUCCAUUGAUGCCACCCUCCCUCGUCGUCCCAUCAUCGGACGACGAGUGGGACAUUUCAUCUUGUCCUCCUCCUCAAACAUCAACAACACAUUGUUGUUCUUGACAAAUUAUUACAAAAUCGUAUAUCAAAUUAGUGUUUUUUUUUUUCUCCUCAUUGACAAUUUAGAUUCUUUUUAUUUACAUAUAUAAUUGGAAUCAUCAUGGCACCUGCAUUGAAACCAUUCCAAUUACUGGAAAUCAAUGUGAUCUCGGCUCAAGAUUUGGAACCAGUCUCCAAGAAAAUGAAAACCUAUGCGACUGCAUGGGUGAAUACUAGGAGGAAACUCUCUAGCCGUGUGGAUGCGGGUGGCCAUGUCAAUCCUACAUGGAAUGAUAAAUUUGUUUUCCGGGUUGAUGAGGAAUUUCUCCGACAAGAUACCUCCGCCGUGCAAAUCGAAAUCCACGCCGUGCAUUGGUUUAAAGACACCCUUGUCGGCAGCGUUCGAGUCCUUGUUGGUAACCUCAUUCCCCCUCUCCUCCGAUCCCAACGUCACAAUAGUCAUGUUGGCAUGCGUUUUGUAGCCCUCCAGGUGCGUCGUCCAUCGGGUCGUCCACAAGGGAUAUUGAAUAUUGGGGUAACAUUGCUUGAUAGCUCUAUGAGGAGCAUGCCCUUAUACACACAAUUAAGCACAUCCGCGGUCGGGUAUCGUGAUUUUAUGGGCGAAGAUGAUUCCUACCUUCACAAUACUACCCUGAACAAUGGCAGUGUCCAAAACUCGAGCUUAAUGGCGAAGAACACCAACGCUAAUGCGUCGAUUGUGAAGCCGAUUUUGCGACGAACAAAGAGUGAGCGUAGUGAGCGUGUGACAUUUGACAAUAGUUCUACAGCUGGUUCAAUGGUGUCAAUCCCAUUGAAGAAGAGAACGGCUCUGGAGAAGGAUAAUUCCAUCAUUAGCAUUUCAAAUGAACCAUUUAAAGGUUUUCCUAAGAAAGGGAAGGCAAGUUCAGUGAUUAGUGGUGCUGAAUUAAGAGAGAAAAAGUCUCAUAAGGGCAGAGGAAGAAAAGGGAGUUCAGUUGUGAGUGAUUCAAUUAUGAGUAAAGAAUCAUCUUUCAUUAAGCCAACUACGAAUUCAACAAAGAGAAAUGAUGUAAAAGUUGGUGACAAAGAGAAGGUUGGUGGAAGUGAAAAGGAAAAAACCGGUUCUGAUCAUAGCAAUGCAACUGAUCCACAAGCUAAAGGAGUUGAUGACAAAUAUGUCACAGUUUCCAAGACAGUGCCUCCGCUGAGGGACCCGCCUAAGAUGAUGGCCAUUGGAAAGCCCAUUCCGAAGUUGAAUGGAUAUGAAUAUGGCGGCCCAAGAAUGACCGGUAACAAAUACGUGGUUGGGGCCCCUUAUAAGGCCAACUCUAUUUGGUCGGAUUCUGAGGUGGGCCCUUCCCCGUCGGAGGUGGCUGCGGCGAUGGCGGAAAGAAAAUAUCCUUUAGAUGAGGAACGGAGUUCGGUCUUGGAUGGCUGGAGCAUAGAUGAAAGUGUGGAAGGACUUAGGUCGAAACUAGAGAGGUGGCGAACGGAACUCCCGCCAUUGUAUGAUCGCGGUUACGCCUCGAGUAGCUUCCGAUCGACCGGACAACAUAAACGGAGGAACACCGAUGGUAGCACCGGGAUGUUCUCAUGCUUUGGUAACAUAUAUGGUUAUGAAUGCCAAUGCAUUUGUGGCAAGCCACCGGAAAGGAAAACUCUGAGUGCAAGGUACCAAAGCCCAUCUGUUGGUAGUCGAUCAUUCUUCUAAACAAGAAAAGCCCAGGUAAAGAAAUGGGCUGGUCUGUGAUCAAUGUCUAUAAUCUAUUUGAAGAACAAAUGCGGUGUCCAAUUCCUGAACCUGGGCUCGAGCCUCUUUAAAGAAAAAAGAUGUCUGGAAAAUAAAAGAUUAAUCACAGGUCUAUCUUUGUUGUUGCAACUUAGGUCACUCUUUUCUUGCUCAUCUCUUCUAAUCACUGUUUUUGUUUUUUUUUUUUUGUUUUUUUAAUUUGGUUUGUUUGUUUGUAAAGUAAGACAAAUUACUAAUCAGCAUUUGCUUCUGCUGUGCAUUGUGGAUUUACUCAACUAUUUGUCUAUGUAUAUUAAUUUGUGGGAUAAGUAUGUAUUGAAUUUCAUG